UGAAUGGGGUUAAAAAGCUUCUUGUUCUCCUCGGCACUGUCGAGCGUCUUCCAGCUGUGUCGGAAGUUCUGCUUUGCAAAAACUUACUAAAACGGUUGUUGUUAUUUUAUUAAUUUAUUCUUAUUCUUACGUGGAUCAAUUCCUCAGUUUAACAAAUUUGGAUUUUUUUUUCUUGGAUCUGCUGGAUAUAGCCAAAGCUGUGAACAUUUUUCAACGAAAGAUCUACCAGCAUCAUGCCUGUUUAUUUUCUAGUUUCUUUGUAUUUGCUGUCCUCUGGGUUGCAGCCCCAUGCGGCGGCGGGUACCGGGGAGUAUUGCCACGGCUGGGCCGAUGCGUUCAGCGUCUGGCAUCGCGGCUUUCAGUGCCCCGAGCGCUACGAUGGCGAGGAUGCCAGGUACUGCUGCGGGACAUGCGCCCUCCGGUACUGCUGUACGGCGGCGGAGGCGAGGUUGGACCAGAGCGCUUGUGACAAUGACGACUUUAUGGAGUUCGAAAACGACGGGAAAACGACGAAAAAACCCUCACAUGUGCCGACAUAUCUGCCUUUUCUGAUUGUUGCGGGCACGUUUGUGUCAUUCGUUGUGGUCGGCUCCAUGGUUGCUAUUUGCUGUUGCCAGUGCUUGAAACCCAAGUCUGGGGACAGUCAGAGUGGCUCGGCACCCAUUCAGAGCUGCCUGCUGGAACCGGGUGGCCAUCCCUCGGAUGGCAUGACCCCCUCCCGCAAUUCCAGCACCAGCUCCAACUCCACUGGGAGGUCCAUGGCAGCGGGCCGCCAGCAGAAUGCCGGGACGCUGGGCACAGAGGUCGCUGUAAAUGUGUUCAGGCAGGCGGGAAGUGGGUACCCAGUAUCUGGUGCUCAGUCCCAGCAGUACAUGUCUCCUCCCCAACCUCCUGGCCCCUACUUCCAGCCGUACCUGAACUACGGGAUUCCCCCUGAACACACUAUGCUGGUGCCUCAAGCUUUUCUGGACAACUGCAGCACCUACGGACAACAGCAGACCUACCCCUUCCAGCACAACCCCAUUCACUCUGAGCCAUUAUACUCUGGUAUCACUGUUUAGAUACUUUCAUAUUUGCUUGCUUUUGAGGCAAGCUUCAAAGUUUGUUUCGCAGCUGCGAUAUUUAGUGUGAACGCCUGUGUGUGUGAAAAAUAAAGAAAAUCAUUUCCUAAAGAAGUGAUUAACAUUGAUUAACAGAGUAAUACUAAUGACCAGUAAACUGUGAUGCUUUUCCUUACAGUGUUUAAAAAGCAGGAAAAAUCUGGAACCAUUCCUGUGUCAUGUAUUUUUAAAAAGUUUGCCAUUAUUUAGCUUUUUAUUGUAUUGAGAAAUGUUUUUUUUUAAUGUUCUUCUGUUUUAAUUUAUUACUUCUUGAAGAAGGAGUAUAAUGUAUUACAUUUUUGUAAAAUGUUGAUAAUUCACUGAUUUCAGUGUUUAUUUAAAACUUACAUGUAUGGUCUUAUCCUCGUAUUUGCAGUUAAACUACUUGAUUAAAGUUAUCUUGCUUUACUUGUC